AUGGAUGAACCGGUAAGAAAAUGUGUACUUGAUUACAUCCGCGAAAUCAGAAGAUUCAAAUUUUGUAGGCUUAUAUUUUGUGCAAAAGUUACAAACUGUGAUGAUAUUGAACAACUGUUUGAUACCGCAAUUAAAAAGAAAUUUUUGGAACGUAUUACAGGAUUACUUCUCAUUUAUCCUGGUAUCGUGAUUCAUUUGGUCGAAGCCGUAGAAGACGAUGUUUUCCGAUUGUGUAACGAAGUAUCUACUAAUAAUCCGGAUGUUAUAAUUAACGCUAAAUGUUUGUACAUGCAAAGUGGUGCAAAGCGAUUUUUUCAAAAAUGGCAUUCCGCAAGAAUAAAUAAUUGCAGUUCGAAUGACAAAGAAUUCGAGACAAUCGAUGAUAGUUUUGAAAAUGUUUCUAGUAUACAUACAGCAAUGAUUUUAAAUUUACACAAAUUGUAUACCGAAUUGUGGAAUAUACGCAGAUUAAAAAGUUAUGAAAAUUUUAUCGAACACUUGGAUUUAAUAUCUAGGAAAGGACAUUUGAAUGUUCCACUUGAAUCAAACAUAGAAAUUGUGCUUAAAAGUCGUUGGGGUUACAAUUUAAUGACAUUAGCCAAGGACUACUGUGAUUUAAAGUAUCAGUAUAAUUUCGACGACUAUUCUCCAGUUUCUGAAAUUAUACACGAUAUUAAUUACACUGUUAAAUAAUUGUAUAAACUACUACGCAGUAACGCAAACAAUGACUGAUUUUACAUUUGCUUCGCAAACUUUGCUAUUCAAAUCGAUAGAAGCAAAUCUGGCCACACAGAAUUGAAGUUGCACUGUGUCGAUAAA